AUGAUUGCCCUUUGGUUUUCAGUGUUUCCAAAUACCUUGGUUGCAGCAGUGGAACACUUCACAGGCAAAGCUGGAGGUAUGAGGGUGUCUAAAAAGGCAGAAAACAGACCUGGUCAGAAAAAUGCUAAACCUCCAGGAAAAGAAAAGACAAGUGCUAUUACCAGUUUUUCAAGAACUCAGAACGUAGGUGUCUUGCUUGCAGAAGCACUGAGCAAAAUGAGCCACAGAACUCAUGCAGCAGCAUUACAAGUGGCUCAGCAAAAGCCACAGCCUGCCUUGGAGAAGUUCAUACUGCCCAAAAGAAUUUAUAUCAUUCAACAGCCACGGAAAUGUUAA